GGCUGCAGCUCCCCUUGUGCCCCAGAGCCUCCCCCUGCGGGUCGUUAUCGCAGCACCUGCGAGAUCAUCAAGGCACAGGGAGCCCCAGGCACGCACAGGGAGGUCUGUGGAGGGGCCUUGAGAUAAGGCAGCAGACACAACAAUGUGGUGUGGGGUGGAGGGACCCCCCUCCCAGCCCUUUUAAGCAGCACGGCCCCCUCGGCCAGCACCGCUUGCCAUGGAGAGAACCACGGUGCUGAUCACGGGCUGCUCCUCGGGCAUCGGGCUGGGACUGGCCGCACGCCUGGCGGCCGACAGCACUCGCCGCUUCAAAGUUUAUGCCACCAUGCGUGACCUGGCCAAGGGUGAGCGGCUGCUGGAGCACUUGGGCAGCCACUGCCCUGACACGCUGGAGGUCCUGCAGCUCGAUGUCACCGACCCACACUCACUGGCAGCCGCCGUGCAGCGGGUGCAGGAGCAGCGCCUGGACGUGUUGGUCUGCAACGCGGGGGUGGGACUGAUGGGACCUCUGGAGACCUGCUCCGAUCAGGCCAUGAAAACCCUCUUCGAUGUGAACUUCUUUGGGGCCGUCCGCACCAUCCAGGCAUUCCUGCCCGCCAUGAAGCGCCGCAGGGCCGGGCGGAUCAUUGUUUCCAGCAGCAUCGGGGGGCUGCAAGGGCUACCCUUCAAUGCCGUGUACUGCGCCAGCAAGUUUGCGGUGGAGGGGCUGUGCGAGAGCCUGGCCAUCGUCCUGCGCCCCUUCAACAUCCACGUGACACUGGUGGAGUGCGGGCCCGUCCACACCAGCUUCCUGGCCAACCUACAGUGCCCGGACCCCGAGGGCAGCGAGCUGGAGGGCCUGGACGCCGAGACGCGGGGGCUGUACCGCCGAUACCUGCGGCACUGCCAAAGCCUCUUCCGCGACGCGGCCCAGGAGGUGGAGGACGUCCUGCCGGUGUUCCUGGAGGCCAUCGUCAGCCUCUGCCCGCCCCUGCGCUGCGCCAGCACCCAGCUCCUCGCCCCGCUUUGGCGCCUGCGGCUCGGCAGCCCCGACGGCUCCGCGUACGUCCGCGCCAUGCACGACUUCGUGUUCGGCGGCAGCGAAGUCAGCGGGGACCAGCCCUGA